UAACUUUGAAGCCUGGGAAGUGGGGGUGGGACCCAAAACAAAAGUAGGCCAGCCCAGCUAGGGUUUUUAAACCUUUGCUUGGUGAGACAUGCUCAGAACUCUCUUGCAGACUACCUGCUUUCAGAACUUGAAAUCUGUCAAUAUGAGCUACACGGCUGCUGCAACUUCCAGAAGCAAUCAACGGCUGUUUCAGGACAAAGUAGCCCUGGUGACGGCCUCUACCGAUGGGAUUGGUUUUGCUAUCGCCCAGCGUCUGGCCCGAGAUGGGGCCCAUGUUAUCGUAAGCAGCCGAAAGCAGCAUAAUGUGGAUCGAGCUGUGGCAGAGCUCCAGAAGGAGGGACUGAGUGUGACGGGCACUGUCUGCCAUGUGGCAAAGGCAGAGGAUCGCAAACGACUGGUAGCCACGGCUAUCGAACGCUAUGGAGGUAUUGAUAUUCUGGUCUCUAAUGCUGCUGUCAACCCCUUCUUUGGUAGGCUGGUGGAUGUCAGUGAGGAGAUAUGGGACAAGAUUCUGGAUGUUAACUUGAAGUCCACAGCCCUGCUAAUGAACAUAGUGGUGCCAGAGAUGGAGAAACGAGGAGGUGGCUCAGUGGUGAUUGUGUCCUCCAUUGCUGCCUACAUGCCCUUCCAGGCAUCAUCAUUUUUUGGUCUUAAAGAGAAUGUGUCUCUGGGUCCCUAUAAUGUCAGCAAAACAGCCCUGCUGGCACUCACCAAGAAUUUUGCUUUUGAAUUGCAACCAAUGGGCAUUAGGGUGAACUGCCUGGCACCAGGUCUCAUCAAGACCAAUUUCAGCUCUCUGUUCUGGAAAGAUAAAGAUGCUGAGGCCCAAACGAAGAAUGUCCUGAAUAUAACCAGGCUGGGGGAGCCUCAUGAAUGUGCAGGCAUCGUAUCUUUCCUGUGUUCACCGGAUGCUAGCUACAUCACGGGAGAAACAAUAGUAGUGGCUGGAGGAGCCCCUUCCCAUCUUUGAUCAGACGAAAAAUACCCUAGCAGCUAUCUAUAAUGAAGAGAAGGCUGAAGAUUGGACACUCAUCUCCUCCAAUCUCGUCCAUCACUGAUUUCCCUGGAUUUGAAAACAAAAUCGACUCAUAAAUAAGCAGCAAAUAAUUUUUCUGUUUGCCACGUAUGGCAAUAAACCCCAUCCCUAAGAAAAUCUGUCCUGGGACAGACGUUAACAUCGAAGAUGGAACUGAAUUAUUCACUUUUCUUCGUCAAAUCUGCUUUUUACAAAACUAAUUCCAGUUAGAAGGAAGGAGGAUUGAGUAUUGAGAGUAGGACCAGGCUUUUUACAAAACUAAAUCCAGUUAGAAGGAAGGAGGAUUGAGUAUUGAGAGUAGGACCAGGCCAGAGAAGUGAAAAGAGAUUUAGAAACACUGGCUAUAGGAGGGAAAUGCCUGGGGAGAUAAUUGGGGGAAGGGACAAAUCUCUGAUUUCUGUGCCAUUAAAAAUAAAAUUAACUUGCAAAUAA